AUGGUUUCAGGUACAUUCACCCUAAUCGAUAUUCCGACCAAGGAACCGCGAAAGUGCUGGUCGUUGAAUCCAUGGAAAACUCGAAUGCUUCUCAACUAUAAAUCGAUCAAUUACCAGACGGAAUGGGUUGAAUACCCACAUCUCCAGGCAAGACUGGAGCCAUUUGUUGCCCCAAAUAUCAUUGGACACAAAUUCAGCAGUCCAGCUCUUGAAUUGCCGGAUGGAAAGUACCUCAUGGACUCUUACGUCAUUGCCGAGGCCAUUGAGAGAAGCCAUCCAACACCAAAUCUUCACCUAGGCAACCCUCUCCAACAGCCGCUCCUUGAUGCACUUGAUAAGCUGGAUGUUAUCUUGGAGCCAGUCUACAAAACUAGAGUUCCAAAGGUGUAUUUGAGUGAGAUCAGCAAAGAAUAUUUCCAUAGGACGAGAUCCGAGCGCCUCGGUAUGUCUCUUGAACAAUUCGAAAAAGAAAACCCCCAAAGCCUGGUAUUCAAGAAGCUUGCUCCUAUUUUUGGAGAGCUGAAUGAUCUUGUUAAGAAAAACGAGGGACCAUACAUUUUGGGCGAGGAAGUGAGCUAUGCAGACUUUAUUUUGGGUGGCUGGUUGCUUUUUUACAAGGGUAUGGGCGAUGACGUCUGGGAUGGACUUUUGGAGAGCUCUGGUGAACGAAAGUUGUAUGAGGGUGUUGUACAGGCACUGAGCCCCUGGACUAAAAGGAAUGACUGA